GUUUGCUGAGACCCAGAGAGAGAGACACACACAGAAAGAUAAAAAAAAAAACUUGAGUAGAGUGUUCCAUUCUAUCCCACUCCAAAGAGCUAGUUUGAAGAAAUGACUAAAGAUGAAGACUUUAAGCUCCUUAAGAUCCAGACAUUUACUCUCAGAGUGAACAUACACUGUGAUGGGUGUCAGCAGAAGGUGAAGAAACUGCUUCAGAGAACUGAAGGUGUUUAUCAAGUCAGCAUAGAUGCUGAUCAGCAGAAAGUCACAGUUUCUGGGGCUAUAGACUCUGCCACUUUGAUCAAGAAAUUAGUUAGAGCUGGGAAACAUUCUGAGGUUUGGUCACAGCAGAAGGCCAAUCAGAACCAAAAUCAGAAGCAAAAGAACACCAACUGCAUCAAGGAUAACAAAGGCCAAAAGCAGCAGGGUGCGGCCUUCGGAAACCAACAGCAGCAGAAGUUCCCCAAUUUCCUUUCUGAAGAGGAUAUUGACGACUUCUUGGACGAUGUGGAGGAGGAUGAAGAGGAUGAUCAGUUGAGGUUUCUGAGGCAGAAGGUAAACCAGCUCAGGCUACAAGCGAUUGAUGCAAAGAAAGGUGCUGCGGCUGCAGCUAAUCCAAACAAUAGUGUUAAGAUCACAAACAAUCACAAUGCUGGGAAGAAGGGAGCAAACCACCCAAAUCAGAAUGUGCAGGGCAUGAAGAUGAUCAAUCCAGGCGGUCUUGAUCCUAAAACCAUGGCAGCGUUGAACAUCAGCAACAUUGCUCAAUUGGGUGGUGGAAACAUCAAUUUGGGUGGAGAAGUCAAGAGGGGGAAUAACCAUGAUCUCAGCGACAUGAUGAAUUUGGCUGGCUUUCGUGGCAAUGGCGCCACAAAUGCUGCUUCCUCUGCUCAGUCUGCUGGUUUGGGUGGCAAUCCCUCUGCUAGUCUGGCAGCAAUUCAACAAGCGCUUCAGUCUCACCAAGCUCAAGCUGCAGCCAGUGGAUAUCAGGCUGCUCAAGCAGCUCCUGGAGGCUUUCCUGGUGGUGGUGGUUAUGCUACUGGCCAGUAUCCGCAGACCAUGAUGAUGAACACAAAUGGCUACGGCCAUCCAUCACAGAUGAUGAACAUGAAUAUGCAGCAGGCGAGGCAAGCAAUGCAGCAGCAGCCGCAACCUCAGAUGAUGUACCACAGGUCUCCAUUCAUUCCUCCUAGUACUACUGGUUAUUACCCCAACUAUGGUCCUAGUCCUAGUUUCGAUCUAUAUCCAUAUGGUGCUGAGCCUAACUACGGCGGCGGUGGUGAUGUCAACAAUGCAGCUCAUAUGUUCAGUGAUGAGAACACGAGCAGCUGUUCUAUCAUGUAAUUCUGAUCAUGUAGAAAUGAAGUGUACAGAGAAUGGUGUUUACUCACCCCUGCAUAACAUUCUCUGCUAGUGGAUGUUUAGUUAGUUGCUUUUGACCCUGUGGAAGGCAUCAUAUGGAUUAGAAUGUGGGUGGUAAUUGUUGGAGUGAGUCUCAUCACUUACCA